AAAUCAAUUACACAAAGUACUAAAUCUCAGAUUCUACAACGAUUUUACAAAGUUCUCAUGUAAUUGUGAUUAAAAAUAAAAUACACGGUAAAGUAAGAUUAAUUAAUGCAAUAUGUAGUUAUGUUAAAUUAUUUUAAACAUCGUGACAAGUUUGUGUAAGUUCAGUGUUAUAUUGAUAGCCAUAUUAAAAUGCAGAACGUUGUGUGAGUAUGCGUACGUUAUUUAAGAGAAAAAAGGUUACUUUCAAUAAAAAUCAUGAGGCCUUAUAACAGUUUCAAAUAUAAAGAAAAAAUAACUAAAUGGAAUUUCGAUUGAAUACAAGAACAAAUUUUCAAAAGAAUUACUGAAAUAAUUUGUAAAAUAAUAUAAAAUAGAUAGAAAAUAAUGAUAAAUAGAUGAUAAUGGUCAUCACGUCAGUGUUAAAUCUUCACCUCAUUAGACGUUAAAAGAAGAGGGGGAAGGCAAAGCACCAUGGGAAGUAUUUGCAAUACGCGCCUGCGCAGUUUAGUUUACAGUUGGAGCUUGGAAGAAAAUGGCGUCAGCUAAGUUUCUGGAGGAAGCUCUGAGCACGGACGUCGAUGAAUCCGCGGUAAACGCGAUCGUGGGUUCGCUUGAGACGCAGUUGGUAACAUCGACACCGGCGGCCUCGGGUCACCAGGCUAUAACUGCGGUUGUAAGUCAACAAAAUCAUCAGUUAAAUAGUGGUAUUUCCAACGGAGGCACCAUCCCCACAGCGAUACAGAAACAUGGGGUUGCCAACGGCGGCGGUACCACUUCCGUGAACAGUCUGAUGACUCAAGAAGUAACCAAAUCCAUAGCCACGACGACACUUGUACCGGUCAACAUUGUGACAUCGAAUGCAGUCACCUCUCAAGUCGUCGUUACAAGUCAACCACACAUACAGGCGGGAGGUGGUAUACCUGUGACUUCUUAUAUUAAUCAAGGAGCUGCUAACCAAUCUACGAUUCCAAACUUGGCUAAGACUCACGAAUCUGUCAAAAUUAUUUAUCCAACCGCCGGCCAAGUAAUUGCUACCACGGGUGUCGUUAAUGUAAAUACAAAGUUGUCUUUCCCCGCGCAAACUGUAGGUCAGUUAGCUAAUGGAACUUUGGGAGUUUCAUCUCAACCAGUACUUCAAACUACCUCCAAUGUUACUAAUGUUGGUUCUGUGACUCAAACAAGUGGACAGCAAGUGACGAGUGUUAAUAAACCCACGGGAACUGCCCUUGUUAUUAAAACCAGUGGAACACCUGGUGGUAUGGUGUCUGUCCCAAUGUCAGUUCCAGUUUCUGUUGCUGGCAAUGUCGCCAAUACAACACUUCAAGCAAAACCUGGUGUACAAUCAACGAUUGUACCUAGUAAUGUACAAAUUCUUAAUGUUAAUCCUAUGAGACCCAGUACUCCUGUAGGUGGGCAGCAAGCGGGAAAACAAGUUGCUCCAAGGGUUUUAAUUGGUCAACAUUUAGUUGGAGCAAGACCGGGAGGACCAGGGAUUACUCUUCAUGGUCUUCAACCGGGAGCUCAAGGACAUUUAAUAGUGAAAACAGAAAAUGGUCACUAUCAAUUAUUAAGGGUAGGACCAGCUCCAGUUGCUGCUCCUGGUAGUACUACAGUUAAUCCAAAUAAUAUAACUGGCAACGUUGUUGCUCCAGCUGCUGGAACAACUUUUCGUGUAGCCUCAGUACCAGCUGUAAGUAGGCUAAAUGCACAGUUCACUGGUCCACCACUCGCCACCAUACGAAAACCCAUUCAGACAGUAGCAACUACUGUUUCUACAACAACAGUGACACCAUCACCAACAAGUACUGCAGCUACAACAACAGCUACUCCUCAAGCAACUUCUGUUUCGACAGCUCAACGUCAAACUGCGGAUAAUACCAAAGAAAAGUGUCGUAAAUUUUUAGCCAAUUUGUUAGAGUUGUCUAGUCGAGAACCUAAGGCAGUGGAACGUAAUGUUCGGACGUUAAUUCAAGAACUUAUUGAUACAAAAGUUGAACCUGAAGAGUUUUGUGAUAGACUUGAAAAAUUAUUGAAUGCUUCACCACAACCAUGUUUGAUUGGAUUUCUCAAAAAAAGUUUGCCUCUUCUACGGCAAUCUCUUGUUACUCAAGAGUUAAUUAUCGAUGGUAUAAAACCGCCACCUGCAAAUGUUGUAUUUUCAAUACAAUCGGGUGUAUCUCCAAUUCUAUCAAAUCAAAUCAGACCAACAGUUGCAGUGGCAGCUUCAGCAGUUCCCACUGUUGUAUCAAGUUCCUCAACACCAGUAAGAAUUAUGCCACCUCCGCCAACAACAACAACUAUUUCUCCUCGAGCAUCCCAAACUGUUCCACCAAGAUUGGUUCGACCUGUCACAACAAUAGUUCGUACUCCAGUGGCACACACUGUCAAAUCAUCAGUUGCAGUAACAGGCAUGAGGCCGUCUGCUCCAACUGUACAGAAAUCACCCAUUGUAGCUACUACUAUUGUAAAAACUAUUACCACUACCAUGCAGGGAAAGACUCUUAACACCGCCACUACUGUUAAUAAAACCAUAGUGCCUUCUCUUGUAUCUAAAUCUACAACUAAAGAAAAAGAGAAAAAGACUUUUUCAUCUGCAGGCUAUACGGGAGAUGAUGAUAUUAAUGAUGUCGCGGCAAUGGGAGGUGUCAAUCUCGCCGAAGAAUCGCAAAGGAUUCUUGGUUCUACGGAGUUUGUUGGAACCCAAAUAAGAUCAUGUAAAGAUGAAAUCUUCUUACAUCUUGCACCACUUCAACAAAGAAUUAAACAAAUUGUAUCGAGUUAUGGCUUAGAAGAACCUAAUCAUGAAGUUGCAGCAUUAAUAUCCCAUGCUACUCAGGAAAGGCUGAAAAAUUUAGUCGAAAAGUUAGCAGUUAUCGCUGAACAUAGAAUAGAUCUUAUAAAGGUAGAUCCACGAUACGAGGUAACUCAAGAUGUAAGAAGUCAAUUAAAAUUUUUAGAAGAACUCGAUAGAGCAGAACGUAGAAGACAUGAGGAACAAGAACGUGAAAUCCUUUUAAAAGCUGCUAAAAGUCGUGCAAAAACAGAGGAUCCUGAACAAGCCAAAUUGAAACAAAAAGCUAAAGAAAUGCAACGAGCAGAAAUGGAAGAAUUGCGAACACGUGAAGCUAAUUUGACAGCACUUCAAGCAAUUGGUCCUCGAAAAAAACCGAGACUUGAUACAACUUCCACAAAUAAUUCAGGAAAUUCAAAUUUAAACGCAUCAGCAUCUGGAUUAAACCGACAAAUACCAUUAAGACCGAGAUUAAAACGAGUAAAUUUCAGGGAUUUAUUGUUUCUUUUAGAACAAGAGAAAGAGUUGUGUAGAAGUACAAUGCUAUAUAAAGCGUAUUUGAAGUGAUGUUCUGGAAGGGGUAGGAACGCGAGUAACCUACCAGAAUUAGCCUCGAUGAACCUCCUCUACUAUUACAAUAAUUACAUUACAUUGUACGUAAUUAUUUAUCAUUUAUUGGUAUGUACAGGAUUGCUUGAAGUUAGCUUGAUAUUGUUAAAAAAUAUUCACCAUCGGUUUCAAUUGGUAAUAUGCUGGUAAACUUUCCAUUAUCGUGAAUGACUGAGCAUUUUUUAAUGUAAUAUAUGAUAGAUUGUUUUCCUUUCAUAAUAUGAAAGAAAAAAAUAGGUGAAAAUAACAAUAGAUGAAUUAUGAGCAGAUAAUGUGAAUUAAAAGAAGAUUGUGAACUAAA